AUAAACAACGAAUGUAUCUUUUCUACAGACGUUUAAGCCAAGAUUUUGAUCUUUCAACCAGUCAAUGUUUUAUAUAGAAAUAAAGACAAUGAAAAUACUGAAAAAUGUUUUGGUUCUGUUAUUACUUUGUAUGAAGCCUGGUCAUAUCAAAUCUCAAUCAGACGAUUGCUCUUUCGGCAGAAGUAUCAAGUUUCCUAUAGAAAUGUACCAAGAACAUUACCACUACAAUUACCCCGAACCAACUCUAGUCAAAGACUUGCCGUCCCCGCCUAUAUUAAACCAAGGUCAAUGUGGCGUGUCUAAGAACGACCAAUCACAACAGAUUGUAGAUGGCGAAGACGCACCAGCUAAUGCUUGGCCUUGGCAAGUUUCUUUACGCAUUUCUAGCGCAAGGUGUGGAGGAGUUAUUGUUAGCAGUGAAUGGAUCGUGACGGCUGCACACUGUCUGCGAGGUAAUGAAACUUUGGUAUACUAUGGAAACAACAACUAUCGAAAAGCCAAUACAACUCGCACUAAAGCGGUGUUUGAACAUGAAGACUAUGAGGUUGAUUUGGCCCUUUUUAAACUGUCCUCCCCGUUAACGUUUACAGACUCAGUCCAGCCUAUCUGUUUGCCAGAGGGUAAUAUUUGGGACGCCUCGCCUUGUUUUAUCACAGGCUGGGGAUCUACGCAACAUUUUGUUUAUAAGUCUGUUGCACCAGACCUGCUUCAACAGCUUCGUGUCAGACUAUUGAACCAAACUCUGUGCAUCGCUUACAACUCAUUUCUUGGAAUAAUUGACUUGGGCGGCAAUAAUUUAUGCAUGACUUCCGCUGGACACUCUAGCGCCAGUAAAGGAGACUCUGGUUCAGCACUGAGCUGCUUCAAGAAUGGACGUUACUACUUGGUGGGAGUACUCACACAUGUUAUUCCAUUGGAUGGGGAUUUUAUUAGUUACGCAGUAUCUGUCCCUGAGAAUAUUCAGUGGAUAACUGACACAAUAAGUGAAAAUUCUUAGGGAAUUCAAACAAACUUUCAUAAUUCAAAGAGGCACGACUUUAAGUAUUAGCCUUUUUUAUCCUUGCAAAUGAAGCAAAUUAGAUUUA